UUCCCUUCUGCUCUUCAAUACUCGUUCUCUGCGGGGCAGGAUCAGUUCACCUUCAGCUUCUCUUCUCGCUCUCUUUUGGAUUACUUUCCUAUUUAUUUAUUGAUUGUUUUGUUUUACUUUAUUAUUUUUUGUGUGGUUGGACUCCUGCAUUACACUGCUUUGUUUCCAUCUUCAUUUCCCUCUUCCAAUCCAAUCUCCCCCCGCCACCGUUCUCAGUCACCGCGGCAGUGUGUAGGGCUAUGCUUUCCUCACCUACUGUGAUUCUAUCGCCUUAUGGACUGCCUGUCUACCAACAGUCAGCCUCGUGCUACCCCGGCCUAGUGCAGGGGUCCGGCCAGGAGGGUGGCCCAGGCAACGCCGACCCCUCCCUCUCCCAGGUCUAUGCCCCGCCUCCCUCAUACCCACCUCCAGGCCAGGGCCCGCCUAAUGUGGCAGGCAGACUCCCGCCUCUAGACUUUAGCCCCGCCCACGCUGGUGGCGAGUACCAGGAGCACGCCCAGCUCAGAGUGUAUCAGGGCCCGCAGCACGAGGGCGCAGACCUGGGACCAAGCAAUGUGGAGGAUGCCCUGGUCCCCGUGACCUCUGACUCCCAGGCCCUGAGCGUGGCCCUGUCCUCAGGGGGCGGGGCGGGGAGCGGCAGCGAUGACGAAGGCUCCAGUAAGGCCCAGCCCAAACGCCUCCAUGUCUCCAACAUCCCCUUCCGCUUCCGAGACCCCGACCUGAGACAGAUGUUCGGGCAAUUUGGCAAGAUUCUGGAUGUCGAAAUCAUCUUCAAUGAAAGGGGGUCCAAGGGCUUCGGCUUCGUCACAUUUGAGAGUGCAAUGGAGGCUGACCGGGCCCGGGAGAAACUGAAUGGGACGAUAGUGGAAGGAAGGAAGAUUGAGGUCAACAACGCCACUGCCAGAGUGGUCACUAAGAAGCCCCAGACCCCCGUGGUUAAUGAGGAGGUUUCAGCUGCUGGAUGGAAGAUCAACCAAGUGAUGGGGGCCAUGUACGCCCCUGAGCUCUACACUGUUGCCAGUUUCCCCUACCCUGUAGCAGCCCCUGCCUUAGCCUAUCGGGGUUCACCUUUGCGGGGGCGUGGCAGGGCCGUCUACAAUACGAUUCGCUCUGCUGCGGCGACGCCCACUGCCGUCCCUGGCUACCCUGGAGUUGUAUACCAGGAGGGAUUGUAUGGACCAGAAGUCUACGGGGGCUAUCCAGCAGCUUACAGAAUGGCCCAAUCAGCAGCUGCUGCCACAGCAACCUACAGUGAUGGAUAUGGACGGGUCUAUACCACAGCUCCGGACCCCUAUCACCACGCAGUCGGCCCCACCACAACGUAUGGAGUUGGAACCAUGGCCAGUUUGUACAGAGGAGGGUACAAUCGCUUCACUCCCUACUAAUGGAGCAAGAGGGUUCUCUUCAGUCACUCUGGGAUUGGCUGAUCCAUGGACGCUGCAGGACAGGUUAUGAGAUCAUACUUGAAGACAUCGAGGAGGCAUCCUCUCGCUCUAUGUCCCUCACAAUCGCUCCCUGAGACUCAACAGACUGUGCUUGUAAAUACUGUAGCCUUUUCGCUGUUAUAUGAAGUGAAGAAAUGGCAGCAAAACUAAGGAUAAUACUAUUUAAUGGAUACACUGUUGAUAUUUUUUAUUUAAGAUUUGACUGACUUUGUUUUAAGAGUUUUGCUGUUCUGUUUGGCCUUCCAUGUGGAGGGUGGGAUAGAUAGGUGCCUUGCACUACAUUUGGGUCGUUGACUGAUAAGAGACUGAUAGAGAUGAUACAGGGGGCUAAAUUAUACAAGAAGCUUUUAUUGGGUGGGGGGCUGGGUCCAUAGACUUUACAUUGGUCAAA